UGUAUUGCUUGUAGUAGUCAGUGUGUGUUAUCUGUUUUGACUGUGGGCUUGGAUGAUUGUACGGCAGAGUUUUGAACUGAGCGAUUUUGUAAUGCUUCAGUUCCCCGUUUUGUCCCAUUGGCGAUACCGUAGCCUCUGCUUCCCUUGUUUUCAGUAUGGCUUCCCCAGAACCCCAGCCCAGAUUCGGGCAGUCUGUGAAGGGAUUGUUGUCCGAGAAAGUGAGCGCCUGCAGCGGCGAUGUGAUUGCGCUCACUCGACAGGUGCUGAAAGGCUCCCGCAGCCAAGAGCUUCUUGGACAGGCAGCCCGGAAUAUGGUUAUGCAAGAGGAUACUAUACUACACUCUGAAGAUAGUCUAAGAAAAAUGGCAAUUAUAACAACCCAUUUACAGUACCAACAAGAAGCCAUUCAGAAAAACGUUGAACACUCAAAAAACCUUCAGGACCAGUUGAAGCACUUGCUGAAAUAAGCUUUGUUGUGAUGUGGAGAGGCACAGCCCAAGCAGAACAAGGUGAUGGUGGUGAAUCACAGAUGAGCAGUUUGCUCUUCCUCUUCCUUUUCUUCCACAUGCAUGUUCCAGGCUUCUUUGUUCCAAUCAUGCAGGAUUAGAUUUUCAUCCAGAACUAAACAAACUCAAGAAUUCCAAGGUAGAACAAUACACUGAAAGUGCCCUACAGCUCGCUAAUGGCUUCAUCAGUGACACUGUUCAGAUGUGCUCGCUCCUGUACAGAAGAAGUGUCAUUUUGAUUGGACUGAUUAUUGGCUGUCUGGUGCAGUUAACCCCUGUUUUUUGUAUGUAUUGUUUUAAGCUGUUUGAAUGAAAUGUUUCACUCACUUAAUAAAAUCAUUAUAAAAUGAAA